AUGGCGCAGGAACGCACCGGAAUCAUCGUCGGCACCAACAGCGGCCGCAAAACCACCCCGCUGAACACCCCCAAGACCAAGAUCAGCCGGUCUAAGGGUCAGUCUUCUCGCCGCACCAAGUUCGUCCGCGAGAUUGCCCGUGAGGUUGUCGGCCUUGCCCCCUACGAGCGCCGUGUCAUUGAGCUGCUGAGAAACGCUCAGGACAAGCGUGCCCGUAAGCUCGCUAAGAAGCGCCUCGGUACAUUCACCCGCGGUAAGAGAAAGGUCGAGGACAUGCAGGCUGUCAUCGCCGAGGCCCGCCGUGUCCAGGGUCACUAA